ACAUCGUGACCCCGCUAUCCUCUUCUCAUCACGACUGUGCCUUCUGCUUCAGUCUCUCUUCGACCUUUCCUUUGACAAAUCCAUCAGCCUUUCUUCUCUUCGUCUCAGAGAGAUACAGAGAUGGCCCGAACUAAGCAGACAGCAAGGAAAUCGACGGGAGGAAAGGCUCCCCGUAAGCAGCUGGCAACUAAGGCAGCUCGCAAGUCGGCGCCGGCAACCGGAGGAGUCAAGAAGCCACACAGGUUCAGGCCCGGAACCGUGGCUCUUCGUGAGAUCAGGAAGUAUCAGAAGAGCACGGAGCUCUUGAUCCGAAAGUUACCCUUUCAGCGCCUUGUCCGUGAGAUCGCUCAGGACUUCAAGACCGAUCUCCGCUUCCAGAGUAGCGCUGUCGCCGCUCUCCAGGAAGCUGCCGAAGCUUACUUGGUUGGUCUUUUUGAGGAUACCAAUCUCUGUGCUAUUCAUGCUAAGAGGGUCACCAUUAUGCCAAAGGACAUCCAGCUCGCUCGCAGGAUCCGUGGUGAGAGGGCCUAGAAGUGGAUUGGGCUAGUUUCUUGAGGCCAUUCUUCUUGUCGAUCUUUUUUUCUCUUUGCCGUCUUUUGCUUUGUUCUUCAUGGUCAUGUUUCAAUGCGUAGGACUGUAAAUUUGGGAUGCAUAUCGGCGUAUGUAACCGUUUGUGGGAAAUGAAAAAUACGAAAUUCGCUUUUGUUGAUUAA